AUGGGACCUCCGUACAUCUAUCAGGCUUUACCGUCAUCGCAAAGCAUUCGACUUUUGCGCCUUUUCCCAAGUGCUGGCGCCAGCGAACCACUCAAGGGACAAUUGCUCGAGUACUCUUUACAAGAUAUGCAUGACCAUGAGGAGCCGUAUGAUGCGUUGUCCUAUGUAUGGGGCGAAACGGACACAACCCAUUUUAUCGAAUUGGAUGGGUGCAAUCUCGCUAUUACCGCCAAUCUGCAAACGGCAUUGACGUAUGUGAGACAUCGAAUUCGCGACAAACUUUUAUGGGUAGAUGCGUUGUGCAUAGAUCAGGAUAAUAAAAGAGAAAAAGAGCACCAGAUUGGACUAAUGUACGGCAUUUAUGCUUGCGCGAGUUGCGUUGUUGUUUGGCUUGGGGAGAUGGCAGACGAGAGCGACCAAGCCUUGGAAGAUUUACGCAAAGUUGGAAGACAAUGGCACAUCAAUACCAAGAAAGAAGGGCAAAUCUCUGAUAGGAUCAUUGCAUUGUUUCAGAGACCGUGGUUUGAACGCAUAUGGGUUCUUCAAGAGGUCGGAGCAGCUCGCCGUGUCCAGAUUCGAUGUGGUCAUCGUGAAAUGGAUGGAUAUGCCUUUGGCAUUGCUGCGAAUCUGUUGAAGCCUUCGCUCGAAGCUGGUGGAGAAUGGCAGGCAUUGCAGAAUACGAUUCGAUCCGUGGCCUACCUGAUGCAAGGAUCCGUUUUCAGGUCUCCAUAUGAUUUAUCUACAGCGCUAGCUGAAGGCAUAUGCACUUUUGGGGAACUCGUCGAUAUGUUUCACGAUCGCAAGGCAACCACGGCUCAAGACAAAGUUUUUGCGCUGCUCGGAAUGAGCUCAGUUGAUAUGAGUUCCUCUGGCCUGUUACCUGACUACACAGUUUCCGUCCGUCAAUUGUUUCAAAGGCUUGUUGAAUUCGUCAUUUCCAAUCAGAUAUCCAUCGAAUGCCAAAAAGAGGAGGAGAUUGCCGUGCUCAAAGCCGUAGGCUAUGUUCUCGGCACAGUCAUCGACGCCGAACACGAUGAUCGGUUCAACAAUAUGCAGCGGGUAAAUGUGCACUGGAGAGACGUUCUGGCUGAAUAUUCGAGCAAAGAGCUGUACCCUGAUGUUUUGAUGCUCCGAAACUCGACAAUACUUCUCCGGAAGGGUGAUCUCAUUUGCCUUCUUGAUGGUGCCACAACACCUACCAUUGUACGGUUAUAUCAUGACUUUUCGGUUGUUGUGGUUGCCGCUGCUUCGUCGUUAACGCACAAGGAAAACGUCUCUACGGCCAAGUUGCGUGUGGAUGAUGCCAUGCGACUCCAAUUGGUUAGACGUGAUUUCAUUCUCAUUUGGGAUUGGGCCUACCCCUUUGAACAGGAUCAUGACUGGAAUUCCUACGUCGAAUGGGCCGCAGGACACCAGUGGGAGUUGCAGGGCCCAUCCUCGUCGAAAGAGCCUUUCUCUGGCGAUUACUUGUCUCGAUUGUCCCAGUCUGCUCUGUUAUGUAUGGAUGCCCGGGGACUCAGAGAAUCGGAAAAUGUCUUCCAUUGGACCUUUAAUCAAUUCGAUGCAAACUUGGCCACGAAUGCUGGGGUCACAUCCUCCGAAAGAGCUUUUGCAGCGUUGUUGAACGGCAUGAGCAGCGAAUCGAUCAUUUGGGUAGACUCAAAGGUCUCCAAAACGUUUGGAGCGGUGCGAAUAUCAUCAUCUGGCGCUGCUUCAGUCCUAUUCUGCUGGGCUGCCGGGUGGCAUCUGAAUCAUGUGGCAAACCGUCUCAUCCAAUCAGGCAAGGUUGAUCCCAAUUUUGCAUACUUUUCUCGGCCCAUAUUAUCAUUGGUAGCGAAUUUGGGAUCUGAAGAUUAUGUCAAGCGGCUUGUCCAAGCAAAAGCGGAUGUCGACGCAAGAGACGGAGUUAUCAAGAAUGGCCGGACUGCACUUAUGGUGGCUGCUGAAGCCGGCCACCUUGGUGUUGUAGACAUACUGCUGGAAGCUGGGGCAAACCUAAACUUGGAGCUUUAUGAGGGCCAAACAGCACUCACUAUUGCUGCGAAAGCUGGCCAUCUUUCUGUCGUAGACCGGCUGCUCCAGGUAAAAGAGAAGCUGGGCCCAAAAAUCAGAUCCUCCUCCUCGGACAGAACAACAUUUCUCAUAAAUUAUGAAUCCGACGACUCGGAAGCUGAGAACCAAUUACUCAGAGCCAGAAACCGCGAGGUGCCGGGGGAGGAGUCAGUCCAAACAGCUCUCAAAGAGGCUGUGAAAGCUGGCCACCUAACUGUCGUGGACCGGCUGCUCCAAGCAACAGCAAACGUGAAUUCCCGAUUAAUAUCCAGCAACCAGUACUGUGUAACGGGGUUACCGGCACGACCGGGGCCAACAGUACUGAUCGAAGCUGCUGGAGUCGGCCAUCUUACUGUUGUUAACCGGCUGCUGGAGGUCGGAGCAGAUCCCAAUACAGUAGGAUAUGCAAGUGAGAGAACGACACCGCUCAGAAAGGCUGCUAGAGCUGGUCAUCUUUCAGUCAUAGAACGACUACUUGAAGCGAACGCGAAUGUGAAUGAAUCAGGACGGUGCGGCUCCAGGCAGACAGUGUUGAUGGAAGCUGCCAAGGGUGGUCAUCUCCCCGUGAUCGAGCGACUGCUAGAAGCUGGAGCAAAUCCGAACGCAAUUGCUCAUGUUACCUAUAAUGAGUACCUCAAUGAUUACCAAGAUGCAACGAUAUUAUCUGUUUCUGAGUCGGAAUCUGACCAGGCUGAACCUAGCCAGGCUCAAUCUGACCAGACUGAAUCUGACCAGUCUGAAUCUGACCGGGCUGAAUCUGACCAGUCUGAAUCUGACCAGUCUGAAUCUGACCAGUCUGAAUCUGACCCGGCGGAAUUUGACCAGUCGGAAUCACGUCCGUCAGUCUCUGGUCUGGUACGUUCUGAGUCUUCAUCCAUUAGCGGUCGAUACCCGUCGACAAGGAGAUACCCGUCGAUAAGGAGACAACAUAGAUCAGCACUGGACUUUGCAUUGGAAAGAGGUCACACUGUCGUCGCCCAACGACUUCGAGAGGCCGGUGGUGUUGUAACUGAAUGGCCCGCUGAUGAUCUCGAUCUAGAAACUAGUGGUACUGCCCCUUUUGCCCAUGAUUCGGACUAUGUUAGGGGUGUAACUGAAGGGCCCCCUGAUGACCCGAAGAUGGAAGAGUUCCACGAGUUCGGUAUGUGGCUUCAAGGUUUCGGUGUUGCCCGAUAUGAAGCCCCCUCGAGCAGAGAAGAAGUAUAG